AUGGACAUGCUCAACCGCUUGCAACAGUUCCUUGGUCUUGUUGGCCGUGCACCAAGUGGCCAAGCAUCUCCUGUUCGGCCCUCGGUCGAUAGUAUUCCCGCAAGCCAGACCCCGAUUGUCGACACUCCCAAUAGAACUUCCGACGAUCACUUUUCCAGUGAACGCCUCUCUAGUACUUCUGACGCAGAGGGCUCGCCUGCUCUCUGUAUCAAACCAAGUGAUAUCCACAAGCAAACCGUCUACCCAACCGUCUCUGGUGGUCUUGGAGAUGUUUACAAGUGUACAUGGAACUGCGGCGCGGGUUCGGACGAGGUUGCGGUCAAAUCACCACGAUUCACAAAUCUGAGUGAUGGUGAACUUGUCAAAAUCAACAAGAACCUUGACCGCGAGAUCCGUAUAUGGGCCAAGUUGAAGCAUCAAUAUGUAUUGCCUUUGCAUGGCACUGUAGAUCAGCAGUUUGGCCCGUGUCGCGCAUUGGUUUCCCCCUGGAUGCCGAAUGGGACUUUGAACUCUUACCUUAAUCGCGUGCAUGAGACCCUCUCGAUGAUGGAUAGGCUUCGGCUGCUUAAACAAAUUACCGAGGGGCUCCAGUAUCUCCACAACCACGAUGUGAUACACGGUGAUCUCACCAACAAUAAUGUUCUAGUUGCUGCCGAUGGAUCUCCUCGUCUUGCAGAUUUCGGUAUUUCCAAUAUCAUGGUGCAAUCAAACCCUGCCUACUCCUACCACACCGGUGCAGUUCGUUGGAUCGCUCCAGAGGUCCUUGACCUCCCGGAAGACCAACCCAUACAAUGCGCAACUAGAUCUACCGACAUAUACGCUCUCGGCGGUAUCAUGCUUCAGGUCCUAUAUGGGAAACAGCCUUACUGGUGGCUGAAGUCCGCCCCACAUGUUAUUUCGGCUAAGUUCAGACACGCAGAGCCCAUCGACUCCUCCAUCGAUAUCCACCCUAGUCACCUGGAUUUCAUGCGGCGGUGCUGGUCAACGGCAAAGGAGGUUCGUCCGUCAGUAGAAGAGGUAAUAAACUACCUUCAAGAAGCACUGUCGAAUGAGACUUUGUCUGCAUAA